GACUAGUGAUUUUGUUCUACCCAAAUAUUUUUACUCUCGCCGAUCCAAAUUGUUUGUCGCAAAUUUAUUUAAAUACGCACAACAGUCAAUCAAAAGGCAACGGGACCAGGAAAUUUCUUCAAAUCCUCCUUCCCCAUUCCGGCCCAAGAGCGCACCGCCGCGAGAAAAUCCCCCAUACUUCCUCGCCGAGAGCGCCCCGCCGCCAGGGAAAAGGAAAACCCUGCUCACGGUCGGUCCUCAUGGGGGAUAUCCGAGCUCCCCAUUCCACCACAACCGGCGACUCCACCACCGGAGUCGUCGCCACGGACUCCGCCACCGGAGCCCCCGGAGCCCUCGCCGCGGACUCCAUCACCGAAGCCCUCGCCGCGGACUCGGGCACCAGAGUCGUCGCCGCGGACUCCGCCACCGGAGCCCUCGCCGCGGACUCCAUCACCGAAGCCCUCGCCGCGGACUCGGGCACCAGAGUCGUCGCGCCGGACUCCACCACCGGAGCCCUCGCCGCGGGCUCGGACACCGGCAAGCGUCGCGGCCGUCGCAAUCUGAUCCGCCCCCUGUUCGGGGCCGCAGACGACGCCGGCAAGGGCAAGGGCGUCUCAUCUGCCCACGAAGCUUCUCUCCGCUCCGCCACCCUCCUCCUCGAGGCCGAAGACCCGGCUCUCCGCUCAGGCGCGGUCUCCGACACGGCCAACCGUCCCUCCCGCCCGGACCCGGCGACACCUCCACCUGAGAAGGCAGGCGCCGAGGUGGCUUCUCGGAGCGCGAGCGGCAAGCGUCCGCGCCGUCCGUGGAACCCCUCCACUUCUGCCACGCCUCCUGCGUCGUCUUCACCAGCCGGCACAGCCCUGUCCACCAUUCCGCCGCCAACACCAAGAAGGCCCGCGAAGCAGGUCGUCUCCUCGAGGACGGAAUCGACAUCAGGCUCAAGAUCGAUGGCGACCUACCUCUCAGCCAGGUCCACCAGGUCUCAGAUGCCAUUUCGAGGACCGUCUGCUGCCCCGCACUCCCGCCCAGCGAAUGGGGUGCACUUGCUGCGAAGGUCGCCGACCAUGCGGCCGCCUCUGCCCACCUCAGGGUCAACGAAGACGCCCUCCUGUCUCUUCAUGAUGCAGGAAAAGCUCUACAGGAAUCUAUCGAUCGCGACCGCACCCUCCUUGGCCAGUAGGACGGGCACUGGUUAACGAUUUAACCCCUUGCUGAGAGUAAACAGUUGAAACAGUCACGGAGUUUAAUUCGUUCUUUUUAGGACAUAACGUAGAAUUGCUUCUAGAGUAUAAAGAUUCAAUCAACAGUACAGUUCAUAUAUGCUUGUGUAUGCAAAUUUUAUUUCGUCCCCCAAGCACAAAUGCAAACUGUGGGGGUACUACAUUGAGGUUUGGUUCCUGCUUUUAGAGUAGAAAUUGCUUCUAGAGUAUAAAGAUUCAAUCAGCAGUACAGUUCGUAUACGCUUGUGUAUGCAAAAAAAUUUUCCUGCCCCAAGCACAAAUGCAAACUGUGAUUGAGAUUCCUUUCAUGAUUUCGCUUCGAUCUACAGAUUUGAUUGAUCUGGAUAUAUGCACUAAUUGUUUUCCCAAUAAUACUUGCAUAAGUGCUUCCUUGCUUGAAGACUAUUUGCAUGCCAUCUUUCAGGACUGGAAUCUUCGGCAUCCUCAACCUGAAGGUAUUUCAUCCUCCCCAUUGUGUAGACCAUUUAAUUCAUUGUGUCCUGUUUUUUUCCCCACAUCAUGUGUAUCAUUUAUGUUUUCAUAUUUUAUACUGAAAAUCAAAUUGAUUGCUCUGUUAAGCAAAGAGAAAGGAACACUCAUGAUAUACGAGUAUCCUGGAGCUUUGAGUGAAGGGCAGGGAUGUGAUGUCUGCAUUAAGUCUUUCAUUCUGAAAAAUAUUGUCUGCUUUUCCUGUGCUACUGUAAGAUAACAUCAGGGCAAUGCAUAUCUUGUGCGACACUCUUGAGCAAUGUUCGAGCUGAGUAGGAAAGCAAUCUAAGCGAGGCUUGCAGCUAGCUUGUCUCGGCAUAGCCAGGAAAGAAACAGUCAUUUGGUUGCUAGCCCAUGAGUCACUUGAAGCACGACCUCUGUGUUAAGUCUGAGACCACGACGCGUGCUUGCCUGUUUGUUUAAAAUUUAGAAGGUCUGCGUGUUUAGCAUUUAACAUUUUCAUACUAUAUUCUCUUUUUUUAAUUCUAUAUUCUCUUUUUAAUCUCCUUUCGUGUUUAGAAGGUCUGCGUGUUUAACAUUUAACGGAUUAGGGUUCAUAAAAGAGCUCGGGGAGGGGAGAGGAGAGGAGAGGGGGCGUUUACUGUACUGCGGUCGCCUGGGCGUCGCCGGACUGGAGCCAUCUGCCUGGAGUUGCCACCCCCUUGUCUCCCUUGCCGGCAGUCGCCCCCAGUCGCUGGUCCCAGUCGCCACCCUCGCGAGAAAGAAGAGGGAGAGGGCUGCGAUAUGAGGUAUUUGCUGGUGGUGGGGCUGAAGAAGCUGCUUUGUCUGUGUACUUGGAGAAUCUUGUUACAACUCUUGGAUCUAGGGAACAAUUAAUUAGCAAUUGCUAUUCACAGAAUCUUUGUUAAUAAUACCAAAGGUUUGAUCAGUUAUAUCUUGUAUCUAUGAUACUUGCAUACUGAACCAGAUACUAUACUAAUCGGAGUAUUGCUGUGUGAUGAGAUGCAACUGAGCUUGUUUCGAAGCUUAGGGCAUAUUAUCAUACCGCUCAAACAAAGGCUGAUAAGCAACACUAUUCAAGGUAA